AUGAGCGCGCCUCGACGUAAAAUCACGGGCCGAAGCGUGGUUCUCACCACCAACGCUCUCGAGCCGCUCAUCUGCCACUGGGGUGUCGCCAAGGAAGAGCCCGGGGAAUGGGUAUUGGCUCCAAAGCUCGUGCAUCCCGCCGGUACGGAGGCGGUGUCACACAUGAGCUGCGAGACGCCGCUCGAGGAAUUCACCGAUCUGUUCGACGAGUGCGCUUACAUGCAAAGACUCGAGUUCAAUCUUCCGGGUGAUGGCCCAAACGAGCUCAUGGGGUUGCAUUUCGUCUUUCGCAACGUUGACGGGACCGCGUGGUACAAGGACACGUCCAACGGCAACGCCAAUUAUCACGCGUCGUGCAUACGAGUCAAGGAAGAAGAUCGCGUCGCGGAUGAGCUCGUGGAUACCAUCACGCGCGCCGAAGCUGGAGGAUCGUGGUGGUCGCUCAUGCAUCGUUUUAAUCUCGCGCGAUCGCUUUUGGAAAAAUAUUGCGUCCAGGGCGAAGACUCGGCCAAGGCGCAAAGCGCGGCGGCUAAAAUUUUUGUAUGGCUUCGAUACAGCUCCAUUCGACAGUUGACCUGGCAACGGAACUACAACGUCAAACCACGAGAACUGUCGAGCGCGCAAUCUCGUCUGACGCACAUGCUCGCAGAAAUUUACGUCACAAAGCCGCAUUUACGCGAUAUGGCGCGUCUCAUGCUCGGCACCGUGGGCAAGGGCGGCGAGGGUGGACAAGGCCAACAAAUUCGCGACGAAAUCUUGAACAUUAUGCACCGAAACAACAUUAAGGAGGUUAAGGGCAUUUGGAUGGAGGAGUGGCAUCAAAAGCUACACAAUAAUACUACUCCAGACGAUAUCAUUAUCUGUCAAGCCUACUUGGACUUUUUACGAUCCGACGGUAAUUUGGGGGCGUACUGGCAUACUCUCUCCGAAGGCGGCGUCACCAAGGAACGGUUGGAAUCUUUCGAGCGUCCCGUGAGAAGUGAACCGAUCUGGCGACCAAAUAUUAAGGAUAAUCUCAUUCGAGACUUCGAAAACUAUUUAAAGAUUCUCAAAUCCGUGCAUAGCGGUGCAGACUUGGCGGAGAGUUACGACGCGUGCCGCAGUCGUUUAUCCGACGUCACGCGAGGCGCAGUCGAGUACGUCAUCGCGCAACAAUCGAGCGGUGAUAUCUUUCCCGUCGUGAACGCGUGCUUGGAGGCUCGACACGGUUUACGUGAUGCUGGUUUGGGCGAUCCUUCGGAUGCGCCAUGGUGUCGCGAGUUGCUGUAUCUCGACUUGUCCAUCGCCGACAUCAGCAAUCGCGCGAUUCAGCGCGGCUCGGACGGCGUGACGGAUACGGAGGGUUUGUUAGAGCUGACGGACAUGGUCCUCGAAGAUUUGUGUCUGUCUCUACCAUCUACAAACGAUGACUUGCUGUAUAGUUUGAUGAACUGGCGACGCAUCCGCGACUUACAGCGCGCUGGCGACGCCGCCUGGGCGCUUCGAGCAAAGGCGACGGUCGACCGCGUUCGUCUCGCCGUCACCGAACACGCCGUGGCGAUUUCGGAUAGCAUGCAACCGGCGGCGCAUACCAUCGGCACUCGAUGCGAUUGCGAUAAAUGGGUGGUCGAUCUCUUUUCAGAAGAAGUCAUUCGCGGCGGUCCGGCGUUCGCGCUUUCGCUGAUGCUUACAAGACUCGACCCGUACUUGCGCCGCGAGGCGAACAUGGGCGAUUGGCAAAUUAUCUCUCCCGCGACGUGCGCCGGAGUUGUUGCGCACGUGAAAACCCUCGCAGAGGUGAUGAACGAAACAUUCAAAACCCCAACCGUGUUGGUUUGCGAUCACGUAGGCGGAGGCGAGGAGAUACCUUCCGGCGCAAUCGCCGUGCUCACGGGAUCCUCUGUCGACGUGCUGUCGCACAGCGCCGUUCGAGCGCGCAACGGCGGCGUUCUGUUCGCCACUUGCUACGAUCCGACUCUCUUGGACAAGUUUUCUGGGAUGAACAAAAAGGCAGUCAAGUUACACGUCACCGCGGACGAGUGCGUGGCGUUCGAUGAGAUUGCAUUUGAGAACAUUGGCAAGGAAAACUCGGCAGACGGCGCCUCGCACAACGGUGACGCGCAGCGAAUCAACAUUAAAGCCAUCGAUUUCGCGGGCGAUUUCGCCGUUUCAAUGGAAGACUUCCGCGAGGAUCUCGUUGGCGCGAAAGCGCGCAAUACGAAGGCGCUGCGCGACGCCUUGAAGAAUGGCGGGAUUCCCGAUUGGAUCAACCUCCCGGUGUCCGUGGCGAUUCCGUUCGGCACGUUUGAGCACGUCCUCGCGAGACCGGAGAAUGAAAAGCAAGCCGAGACACUCAACAAGCUUUUGAGUGAAAUCGAUGACACUACUGGUGUGACGCUCUCCGCGUCACUACGAUCGUGCCGUCGUUGCGUUCGCACCAUCGUACCCCCCGCUGGGAUGCUCGAAAAACUCGCCGCCGUCAUGCGAAGCGGCGGGUUAACCCCUCCGGAGGACGACGACGCGUGGGAGCUCGCGUGGAAAGCCAUCUGUGACGUGUGGGCAUCAAAGUGGAACGAGCGCGCGUUUGUCAGCAUGCGUAAUCGCGGUCUCGAUCACAAUAAUCUGCGCAUGUCUGUGCUCGUGCAACCCGUCAUCAACGCCGAUCACGCCUUCGUGAUUCACACCGUGAAUCCGAGCACGAACGCCGCCGACGAGCUCUACGCCGAAGUCGUCCAAGGCAUGGGCGAAACGCUCGUCGGGAACUAUCCUGGGCGCGCGCUGAGUUUUACGGUGAAGAAGACGCCCGACGGCGACGUCUCACCGCCGGAAAUCGCUGGAUUCCCAUCCAAGAACACCGUCCUUCGCGUCCCCCGCGAGACGCUCAUCUUCCGCUCCGACUCCAACGGCGAAGACCUCGAAGGCUACGCCGGCGCUGGCCUGUACGAAUCCGUCCCCAUGCACGCCACCGUGGAACACCACGCCGAUUACGCGUCUGAUCCGAUGAUAUGGGACCACGACGCGAGCCAGGCCACGCUCGCCGCCGUCGCCCGCGCCGGCGCCGCCAUCGAGCGCGCGCUCGGCGCUCCCCAAGACGUCGAGGGCGUCGUCCGCGACGGCCGCGUCUUCGUCGUCCAAACCCGUCCGCAGGUCUAGCCUCCUGUAUUUCAUCGCCUCGCGCCGUCC